AUGGAUAAUCUCCGACUUGGUAGAUUCGCUGAUGGCAGUGUUACACAUGUUCAAAAUGAAGACUCAGAAAACAAUGCUAGUGACACAAUGGCUAUUAGAUCCACUAACCAAUCAUUUUCAGCAAGCAAGGAGGGUAUGUGGAACAGAAAAGCUUAUUUUCAUACUGAAUCAAAGCCGAAUAACAGGAGAAAACAAUUGCAACCCGAACUGGGAAGUUUGUUAGCAAACAAAAGAGCUAGAAGCCCUCUUUUGCCAGAUUUAACGGCUUCUGGUUCUAUGAAGGCAACUGGGAAUAUGUUCUACAAAACAAAACUGUGUUGUGAAUUUGAAGUUGGCAAUUGUCUGUUCAUGGACAACUGUAUCUUUGCUCAUGGUGUUAAGGAACUUAGGGAACGAUCUUGGGAGGAACGAUUUGUUGUUUCUAAACGAAAGGAUACAUUUCAAGUACAUGAGGAUUUGACCAAAGAAGGUAGUAGUGAAUAUGGCAAAAAAUGCUGCUCUUUUCUCAAUGAGCAGGCUGAAGAGAGAAAAUCUGAGGCAAUUUGUUUGCUUCCUGGCAAUGGAAGUACAUCUUUCCCAAAGGCUUCAAAAUGGAAAACGAGGAUGUGUUACAAGUGGGAGCAAUCCGGGUGGUGUCCAUUUGGUGAGAAAUGUCAUUUUGCUCAUGGAUAUGCAGAGCUGAGAGGUUAUGAUGGGGAGCUCGUGAACUCAGGAGCUGGAAAGUCUUCUGCGCAUUCUGUUAGUGGGCCCGCCUCUGCCAUUCCCCGCGGUUCGUAUCAAGAUUGGAAGUUUCUGGACCUGGUACAGAAGACUAGAGAGGUCCCUGCUCGGAGGUGGAAAGGGCCUGAUAAAAUUAGCAAGAUAUAUGGGGACUGGAUUGAUGACCUCUGA